GAUAGAGACUUGCAAUAGUUCUCCGGAAAGACUCUUGGGAACUUUGCUCUGACGCUGUGAUACAUCCCCUGCUAUCUCACAGCAUUGAGACGUCCCUCUGACCAUCGCGGUGCGCUGCAUAGACAGGUGCCAGGGGCAACCCCAGUCUCUUCACCCUGACGAGCCCCAGACCAGUAUGCAGUUAGAGUGAUCAGGAUGGAAGAUUCUAGUUUGUGCCUUGGUGUGUCCUCAGCGGUCCCGGAUGCCGACACCCAUAUCAGCAGUGCCGUACUUAAUGGCCGCUAUCCAAUCAGUCAGAAGCUGCAUCAGCUGACUGCCCAGCUUGGCCACGCCUUUCCCGACCUACAAAGCCGCCAACAAAUCCCAGAGGAAAAGGCAGCCACCCCACUGGAUGAGAAAACACACGCCACACUGGCAAGCCAGCCAAUUAGCAGUCAGAUGGCCCUUCUAGCCAAUCAGCUCAACCGUAACAUGGAUGCAGGUGCCCUGGGUGGUCUCAAUGGGCGUGUCGACCUGCAGCAGUUCCUCAAUGGGCAGAACUUGGGAAUCAUGUCGCAAAUGAAUGACAUAGAGGAUGAUGCCCGCAAGAACCGCAAGUACCCGUGCCCGCUAUGUGGCAAGCGAUUCCGUUUCAACAGCAUCCUCUCCCUGCAUAUGCGCACCCACACUGGCGAGAAGCCUUUCAAAUGCCCAUACUGUGACCACCGAGCGGCCCAGAAGGGCAACCUUAAGAUUCACCUCCGCACCCACAAACUGGGAAGUCUGGGCAAGGGCCGCGGUCGCGUCCGCGAGGAAAACCGCCUUCUCCACGAGCUCGAGGAGCGCGCCAUCCUGCGCGAUAAGCAGAUGAGGAACAGCCUGCUGCAGCCUUCUCAGUCUCUGCCCACCCACCUGGGUCUGCAGAGCCCCAGCCAGCAGCAGCCCGGCUCCGCGUGCGGUCUCCUGACCCCCACUAGUCUGGGAGGCACGCCGGAGUCUGGGCCAGCACAGCCCUCCGCCUCGCCCAAGCCGACCGGUGCUGGCCAGCAGGACGAGCAGGCCCUCAACCCGGCCACGGGCUUCCGCUGCACCUUCUGCAAGGGCAAGUUCAAGAAACGUGAGGAGCUGGAGCGCCACAUCCGCAUCCUGCACAAGCCCUACAAGUGCACCCUGUGCGAGUUCGCCGCCUCCCAUGAGGAGGACCUCAUCAGCCACGUGGAGAAGGCCCACAUCACUGCCGAGUCGUGCCAAGGGCAGGGCGCCGGGGCCUGUGGCAGCGAGAAGCCUGCCAGCGAGUUCCGCUGCGAUGUCUGCGGCCAGAUCUUCAGCCAGGCGUGGUUCCUGAAGGGCCACAUGCGCAAGCACAAGGACUCCUUCGAGCACUGCUGUCAGAUCUGUGGACGGCGCUUCAAGGAGCCCUGGUUCCUGAAGAACCACAUGAAGGUCCACCUCAACAAGCUGGCCAUAAAAAGCAAGCCCCCCAUGGGCAGCGGUGGGGGAGACCAAGAUGGGCCCUCGGUCAACAGCAUGAGCAGUUUAGCGCAGGAGGCCCACGCCAACCUGUACUCACGCUACAUCUCCUGUCUACAGAGUGGCUUCCUCACUCCUGACAAACAGGGCCUGGCCGAGCAGCAGCACCAGAUGCUGGCCAAGGCCGGCAUAGCAAUGAAGGAGAAAGAGAUGCUCGGGAAGCUGCUGGGCCCCAUGGCAGGCAUGAGCCACGGCCUGGGGGAGAGUGAGAAGCGCUCCCUGUUGGGCUGCCUGAACCUGGUGCCUCCUCUGAAGUCGAGCUGCAUGGAGCGCCUGCAGGCAGCAGCCAAGGUGGCGGAAAUGGACCCGCUCAACAGUUACCAGGCCUGGCAGAUCAUGGCACGCAGCAUGGCCAUGGAGCGCUCCUUCAUGCCGAAAGACCAGCACCAUGGAACCCACGGACAGGAGGAGGAGAUGGCCGGGGCCGCCGGGAUGGUGCCCUUCGGGAAAGAAAAACAUGAACACUCCACCCUGGAUCCCAGCGAUGGCCCCAAGCAGAAGAACCCCCCUGAUGCCCUCCAUGGUGUGAGAAGCAGUGGAGGCAUCUUGCCCAUGAAGGAAGAAGCUGGAGGCUUUGAUGGUCACCGUGAGUUCCUGCCUCACCACGGUGGCCUGGGUCUCCGCCAGGGUCUUGAGUACAGUCUGGCUGGCCUGAAAGAGAAGCCCACUGAGUGCCCUGACUGCGGCAGAGUGUUCCGCACGUACCACCAGAUGGUGGUCCACUCCCGGGUGCACAGCAAGGACCGUCGCCCGGAAGAGGGCCUCCAGCAUGGCCUCGACGAGAGGCGUGGCUCGGCCAGUGACCCAGAGUCCCAGUCCAUCAGCCGUUCCACCACCCCGGGCUCUUCCAAUGUGACGGAGGAGAGCGGAGCUGGAGGAGGCCACUCCCAGACUGGCAGCGUGCAGGAUGAUAGCCCUCAUCCUUCUUCCCCAUCUUCAGAUGUUGGGGAUGAGAUGGCAAAGGCCCCAGGGGCGGCUCAGCCUCCCCCCACCCCGCACAGGGAGAGGAGUGUGGGCUCAGCCAUGAAGGACUGCCCCUACUGUGGCAAAUCCUUCCGCACCUCCCACCACCUGAAAGUUCAUCUAAGAAUACACACAGGUGAGAAGCCCUACAGAUGCCCUCAUUGUGAUUAUGCUGGCACGCAGUCCGCUUCCCUGAAGUACCACCUCGAGCGUCACCAUCGGGAACGUCAGAAUGGCAACACCCCUGCGGCCAACCACCCCCCAUCCUCUGACCACAAGGAGGACCACGGCAAGACCAACAGUGGCAGCAGCGGGGUCUUUGCGCGCCCUGACGUCCUGCGCGGGGUCUUCAAAGGGAUGAUGCCCUCCGGCCUCGACUUUAGAGGGGGCCAGAUGCUCCCGCACCAGUGGGCCUCACCUGGCAUGCUGUCCCCCAGGGAGAGGGAUCGCGAUAGGGAGCGAGAUCGCCACGGCCCAGGGACUGAGCCCAGCUCUGAGAGCCUGAAGAGCCCUGAGGGACCAGCCGUCGGAGGUGACAACCCAGCCAGCUUCUCCGACCUGGGCCGGGCCUACCAGAGCAUGGUGGGCAAUGGAGUCAACUUCCAGGGCUCCCUGCAGGCCUUCAUGGACAGUUUUGUGCUGAGCUCCAUGAAGAAGGAGAAGGAGAUGCGUGAGGGCCAGCUGCACGGCCAGCCCUUCGGCCUGGAGGGCAGCGAGCGUAAGAUCAAAAGGGCUGCCAGCCAGGAAGAGAACCCCGGCGACGCCAAGCCGAGCGAGGGUGGCCGCUCCCAGUAUGAGCCCCUGGACCUGUCGGUCAGGCCCGAUGCGGGUUCCCUACCUGGGGCAUCUGUCACCAUCCAGGACAACGUGGCCUGGCACGGCUGCCUGUUCUGCUCCUUCACCACAGCCUCGGUGGAGCUGAUGGCCCUGCACCUGCAAGCCAACCACCUGGGAAAAGCCAAGCACAGCCAAGGCAAAGAAGCUAAAGAACACCUCCUGGGCGAGUCAUCCCACCCAGGCAAAGCCUCGAGCCUUGCCCCCCCACCUCCAGGCCUCCUCCACCUGCAUGAGGGCCCCACCUCAAGGGAGCGCGAAGCAGAGUGUGGAGACCUGAAAAGUCAAGGCGCUUGGUCCAACCACCUGGACCAGAACCCACGUGGAGCCUCAAUGGGUGCAUUCUCCAGCGACUUCUACAAGCCCUUUGGCCCCCUGUAUGAUGGACCCACCAGGAGGCCAGCUGGAUUCCUGGACCAGCAGUCAAGUCAGGCUGGUGACAUGGCCGGCCAGGAUGAGCUCUCCGACAAGGCCUCUUGCGGUGACAUAGAGGCAUCUGAGGAGCGAGGGGGCCAGUCCGAGGAUGAUGAAGCGGGGCAAGAAGGCUCACCUUGUGACCCCGCUGCCAGCAAUCAGCAGACACGCUCUGAUGAUGAAGACCCAGAGGCAGAGGAGGACGAAGACAUGGAGGUGGGGGACACAGAGGAUGAAGACCGCGGGGCCAUCCGAAUGCAUCCUGAAUCCCCCGUGUCUGGGAAGGAUGUUCGGAGACCACAGCCUCCUACCCUGGAGAAACAGUGGCAGCAGCAACAGCCGGGCCUGGGUCUCCUCUCCUCUCCGGGUGGUCCGCCUGGCCUACUGAAGCCUGAGCAGGCCCACCUGGAGCAUCAGAUGAACAUGCUAUCUGUUCUGCGGGCCUACAGCUCCGAGAGCCUCGCCGCCUUCAACGGAGGCUUGACCGGUGGGUCCAGUGCAGCGGGUGGUGGACCCGGAUCCGGCAUGAAGAGAGGCGACCCCUCCGUUCAUCGGUGGGCGGAGGAGGAAGCUUCCGGAAGGUUUGGCUCUGCUCUUGCCUCUGAGCCUAACCUAACUGACUCUGAGAUGCAGGACGCCCCACUAAUCAGAGACUAACUCCCAGGCUACACUCUUCCGACCUGGUGUAAAAGCAACAGGAGGAGAAGGAGGAUGACCUUGAUGAUGAAGAGGAAGAGGUGGAAAACAAUGAUCAAGAUGAUGAUGAUGAUGCCAGUGACAGACGUUGUGUUAUAUAUAAAUAUAUAUAACUAAAGUUUCAGAAGGAUAAGAGUAAAGAUAUAAAAAACGCAGAUGGACACUCCCUAUGUAAGAUGCCUUGGGGAACAAAGUGAAGAAAAAGAUUUUGAUCUUUAGCAAGAUGGAAACAUGGAUAAAGUGACUUUGCUUCCUGUGUUUUAUGUCUGUUCAAUUUUACGGUGUGUAUCUGAUAUAUUCUGUGGGGUUUUUUUAUUGUUCCUUUAGCUUUGAAAUUAUAUGGACACUUUGUUUCUUAGAGCAACACAUUCCUUGAACCAAAAUAGCACCCAGAUACAGUUUACACAAACUGAGAUAUUGGGAAACUGAACAGACUUUUUUGUUGUUGUUGUUGUUUGUUUGUUUGUUUGUUUUUUCGGACACACCACACCCCUCCAUGUUUCUCACUGCCUACUGAAACAGCAUUACAUGAAUGUGACUCCACCCACCGGACUCGAUGGGCCAUGUUGCUCUUCCGUUGGACC